AUGCCUAAAUUGGCUGCUACACAUGCUGAAUGCAUUCGCCUUUAUGAUCCGCAUAAUGGAGAGGACAACAAACUUAGAUUGACCGGAAAGCACGAAACAAGCUCAGCCGAGAAAUUUACUUGGGGAGUUGCCAAUAGAGCUGCAUCGGUUAGGAUUCCACGAGGAGUUGCGAUGGCUGGCAAGGUAGGAAACGAUUAUUCACCAGAAUUUUGAGU